AUGUUUUUUCAGCUCCGACACUUCGACCCGUCUGCAAGUCCUGCGACCAUCUCCGCCCAAGCAGGUCUGAUCCUCAGCUCGAAAACCGCAGCUCAUGUAAGUACCGGACUGUUCUGGGGGAGGUUUGCCGACUCGGAAUAUGGAAGCAGAAAGUUGGUCCUCGUUGUCGGACUGGCGUCGUCGGGUGUAGCAAUGCUGGGCUAUGGCUUUUCGGAAUCGAUACAGGCUGCGGUGGCCUGGCAGGUACUGGAUGGCAUCUUGAACAGCUCGAUAUCGAUGAUCCGGUGUUUGACGGCCGAGCUCUAUCCUGAGAAAAGGUAUCGUGUCCGCGCCCUGUCUCUUCUUCCUCUAUGUGCCUCCGCCGGUAUGUUUGCCGGACCGCUCUUGGGAGGCUUUCUGUCGUCUCCAGGCGCCGGAAACGACGGGGAGAGCCGGGGGAUACGAUAUCCUUUUGCUGCGCCAAAUAUUGCCGUCGCAGCUUACAGUUUCAUCCUGGCGGCGUUAGUGUCCCUCGGGCUGGAGCACAGUCGCGAAAAUAUACAGAACAGCGGACGAUCCAUCUUUCGUCGCUUCUGGAAUGUAAGACAGAUGCAGCCUUCACAUCAUGGGAAUCAGGGCGACGAUGCAAAUGCGACGUGCACCGAAAGUGCACCCUUGCUGCAUGAUAGGAUGGCACCCCAGCACCAGUCAGCUCUCAUCCCCCCCAGUAUUUCGAAUGACAUUUCCCCGGAAACCAUUCAAACGCGUCGACGGCCUCCCCGGUUUCGCCAGAUAUGGACCCCGAACGUUUUGAGCACGAUGCUUGCUAAUUUCAUAAUAUCGGGACAUUUGGGCACGUUCUCGAGUCUCUGGGCCAUCUUUCUCAGCACACCGCCCGGCCCAAACGAGAACCGGUCGCCGUGGUCCUUCUCCGGCGGUCUGGGCAUGGAUGCACGUGGAGUGGGGGUCAUUGUGACCUUGCUUGGGGCACUCAGUGUGCUGUCGCAGAUCAUCGUGUACCCAAGCUUGCAUGACAGAUUCGGUACGGUCAGCGUGUGGCGAGCAGCCCUCUAUUUCUUUCCGGCGACAUAUUUCCUCGCGCCGUUCAGCGCAUUAUUGACGUCGGACUCGACAACCGCGGCCGACCGAGCCCCGCUGUAUAUUGUAGUUCUGUGCGUGUUGCUGCUGUUCAACGCAGGUCGGACCGGGGUCGCCCCAGCCACGUCGUUGCUGAUCAAUGACUGCACGCCUCACCCUAGCGUGCGGGCUACGAUCCAUACCAUGGGGACAAUUGUCGGGAACUUGGGCCGGUCGGUGUUUCCCGCGAUCAUCCUCCCGGUCUACGGUCUUGGUCUUGCAGUCGGAGUGGCCGGCCUCGGGUUUUGGGCUCUGGCUGCUCUGGCCGUUGUGGCAUGUCUCGUCAGCGGUCGCGUUGUGGAAGGUGCUAACGGAAAAGAUGUAUCGCUUCAAGAAUCAUAA